AGCCUUCCGAGUAGCUGGGACUACAGGCAUGCGCCACCAUGCCCAGCUACCAGUGGACAUCUGCUGGGGUGGGCUGCAUGGAAUCUGAAAUGAUGUCUAAAUACUGAAGUGAUCCUCUACACUAGAGACUGAUAUACAGCUGACACCGACCCCCGCGGAAUUAAAAAUCCUCGUAUUACUUUUGACUCCCCUAGACCUUAACUACUAAUAGCCGACUGUUGCCCGGAAGCCUUAUGAAGUUGCCCAGAAGCCUUAUGAAUUACAUAAACUCCCAAUCGAUUAACAUUUUGUAUGAUAUAUGCAUGAUAUAUGCAUAACACAUAUAUAUAUGAUUACACAUUUUGUAUGAUAUAUGCAUUAUAUAUAUUUUAGUGUAAGAACUAUACUUAUACUAAAACAGACUAGAGAAAGGGUAUCAGGAAAAUUGUAAGAGGCUCGUUGACAUUUCACCCAAUAAAAAAAGGAAAAUAAAAGAAUAUGGAACGGGAAAUACAUUUACUAAUCAUUAAGUGGAAGUGUAUCAUCAUAAAGGUCUUCAUCCUUGUGUUCUUCACAAUAGGCAAGAGAAUGAGGAGGGGCUGAUCUUGUCUCUGGGGCAAGAGGUGGGGGAGCUAAAGGAGCACACUCGAAGUAACGUUUAUUGGGAGAAAAAAAAAAAAGCCUACGUGUAAAUGGACCCGCACAGCUGAAACCUGUGUUGUUCAAGUGUCAGCCUACUUAAGACCUCAAACACCGAAGCCCCUCAGUCGCCCUGGAGGGCGGCAGACUCAGUUUCCUAGCGCUCCCAGCAGUCUGCACACAAGGCGCCGUCUGCCGCAGCCUUGGGGAGACUACAUUUCCCAGGAAGCUUUGCGUCGAGCGGCAGUACUUUGAUCCAAUGAAAAUCCAAGACAGGGGCAUUUCCGUGUGGGCGUGCCCCUCGGGGCGGGACUUCUGGCGUGUUCGCAGCGGUCAUUUUGGCUGCCCUCAGGUCCGUUCUAUCCGUCAGCCUCCUUGGUGUGCCUCUUCGGCAUCGAAGUGACGGACCGUGAAGGCGCGAGAGUCAGGUCUGAGGGUCGGGGGCAGAGCCGCCCGCGAGGCCUGCCUGGGGAUAGCGGUGCUCGUGUUCCCCCCCGGUAGCCCGCAGCUCCCGGUCCAGCUCCGCCCACAGACUCGGAUGGCGACCGCACUGAGGGAUCCGGCUCCGGUUCCCAUAGCUACAGAGGUACUUUUCAAGCUUACACAGGUAAGUGGAGGUAUCUCAGCCCCUCACUGGUCUGGAAUGUCCCUCCUCCCUCCCCACACAGAUAUUUUCUUUAGAUUUGUGGUGUAACGGGACUCACCUACCAUUCUCUCAGCUGUUGGUUUGGGGACCCUAGAGAAUCCCUGAGUUCAGGGUGCUGAGUCCAGGUCAAUGUUUCCAUUUGGAGCAGCCAAUGUAAAGGGGUGAAAGUUUAUGAUAGUACCAGCUUUUGGAACUCCUUGGAGGUGAGACUGAACUGGUUCAGGGAACUGCAGGUUUCCUUCACUUCUGUGAAGUUUGGCAUCUAUUGUGAGGAAGUUGGAGUUUGGGAUAAGAGGAGGGAGAUUUCUCUAACCCAAGUGUUGACAGGAUACAGAGUAGAAAACAGAAUGAAAACAGUGACUAAUGGGAAUGUGAAGAGACAGCAGGGAUCAAUGACACCAAGGUCUGGUGUCUCUUCUGACUUAGGGAGCUUGGGAGGAGAAUGUAUGAGGACAUGGAUUUUGAGUCUUCCAAAGUGAGACUGUUCAUGGUUUCAUCAAUCCCUAUUAUGCUAGGGAAGUGUGACUUUUGAAGAUGUGGCCGUGUACUUCUCCUGGGAGGAAUGGGAUCUCCUUGAUGAGGCUCAGAAACACCUGUACUUCGAUGUGAUGCUGGAGAACUUUGCACUUACGUCCUCCCUGGGAUGUUCAUGACUCCAGCCUCAGCAAGAUGGGAUCAGAGAGGGCCUGGCCUACAUGAAUGGCACUUGGGAAAAGGCAUGUCAUCAGGUUGUUGGCAUGGAGUGGAGCAUGAGGAAACACCUUCUGAGCAGAGAAUUUCUGUAGAAGGAGUGCCACAGUUCAGGACUUCCAAAGAAGGUUCAUCUUCCCAGCAUGCCUACUCCUGUGAAAUAUGUGGCCUGGUCUUGAGAGAUAUUUUGCACUUGGCUGAACACCAAGGAACAAACUGUGGGCAGAAACUACACACAUAUGGAAAACAAUUCUACAUCAAUGCAAAUCUUCAACAGCACCAGAGGCAGCACAUUAAAGAGGCACCUUUCACAAGUUACGUGGACACAACCUCAUUUACAAAGAGCUGCACAGUCCACGUGUCGGAGAAGCCCUUCACCUGUAGGGAGAUCAGGAAAGACUUCCUGGCCAACAUGAGGUUUCUCCAUCAAGAGGCCACUCAAACAGGGGAGAAGCCAAAUAACAGUAACAAGUGUGUGGUGGCCUUUUACAGUGGAAAAAGUCAUCGCAACUGGGGAAAAUACAGUAAAGCCUUUAGCCACACAGACACACUUGUUCAGGACCAGAGAAUCCUCACUAGAGAAGGGCUUUUUGAGUGCAGCAAAUGUGGGAAAGCAUGUACGCGAAGAUGUAACCUCAUUCAGCACCAGAAAGUCCACAGUGAAGAAAGGCCUUAUGAAUGCAACGAAUGUGGAAAAUUCUUUACCUACUACUCCAGUUUCAUUAUACAUCAAAGAGUUCAUACUGGAGAAAGGCCUUAUGUGUGCCCUGAAUGUGGGAAAUCCUUUAGUCAGAUCUACAGCCUCAAUAGCCAUAGGAAAGUUCACACUGGAGAAAGGCCUUAUGAAUGCAGCGAAUGUGGGAAAUCUUUUAGCCAAAGGUCCAACCUCAUGCAGCAUCGCAGAGUUCACACUGGAGAAAGACCUUAUGAAUGCAGUGAAUGUGGGAAAUCUUUUAGCCAAAACUUCAGCCUCAUUUACCACCAGAGAGUUCACACUGGAGAAAGACCUCAUGAAUGCAGUGAAUGUGGAAAAUCCUUUAGCCGAAGCUCCAGCCUCAUUCACCACCGGAGACUUCACACAGGAGAAAGACCCUAUGAGUGCAGUAAAUGUGGGAAAUCGUUUAAGCAAAGCUCCAGCUUCAGUUCACAUCGGAAAGUCCACACAGGGGAAAGGCCUUAUGUGUGUGGGGAAUGUGGGAAAUCCUUUAGCCAUAGCUCCAACCUUAAGAACCACCAGAGAGUUCACACUGGAGAAAGGCCUGUUGAGUGCAGUGAAUGUAGCAAAUCCUUUAGCUGUAAAUCUAACCUCAUUAAACACCUGAGAGUUCACACUGGAGAAAGGCCUUAUGAGUGCAGUGAAUGUGGGAAAUCCUUUAGCCAAAGUUCUAGCCUCAUUCAACACCGGAGAGUUCACACUGGAAAAAGGCCUUAUCAGUGCAGUGAAUGUGGGAAAUCCUUUGGCUGCAAAUCUGUCCUCAUUCAACACCAGAGAGUUCACAUUGGAGAAAAGCCUCAACUGUACUGAGAAUAUGCAAGUUCCUUUUAGUGUAAUUAUACUGAAGGAGUACACCGGUGAGAGAGACAAGUACCUGAACUGGAAGCCCCAACAUCUAAGGAUAUAUAUACAGUGGGCAGAUUCCCCUUAAGUUCCAGGUAUGUGUUACACUUUCUAACCUGCCAUUUAGAAAGUGUUAGACUUUCUCACCUGCCAUAUAUGGCUCUUGCCAUUUAUGUCACUGACAGUUUCUGAGGCAGAAGCCAUAUCACAUCUACCACCUGUGAGGUCCACAUAAUGUGCAUCAUUUACCUCCUGAACCUGCUGAAGGAAGCAGACCUCUGUUUCUCCCUAUUUGCUAGAAGAAAUCAUGAAUAGUCUUGAGUCUUCCUCUCUGACAAGUUAGGGCAUGGACUUGACCCAGCUUUGUGCCAGAGAACCCAAUAUGAGUGUUGUUGGCAGCUUGCCAAGAAGGACUCUUCUUUCAAGACAUGUUGGUUUCAUGUGACACCUCCAUGGAUUUUUUCCAGCCUCUAAGUCACCAACUUUGGAACUGCCUGCCUCACAUUGCUUUGUUUUUUACAAUAAUAAAGGUAUUAUUAUUUAAGCUAC